AUGCCCUCAACAUACUCACAGCCAGUUUCCAAAAUACCGCCAACGAAGCCCGACACGAGGUCUCUCCCUCGAAUUCUCUGCCUACACGGCGGCGGUGUCAACGCCGCUAUAUUCAAAGCGCAAUCGCGAUCUCUCAUCCGCCACCUUCAACACUCCUUCCGCCUCGUAUGGGCCGACGGCCCUUUUUUCUGCGAUCCGCACUCAGACAUCAUCGGCGUGUACAGCGACUACGCGCCUUUCCGACGCUGGCUACGAUGGCUUCCCGAACACCCUGAGAUCGAUGCGGACACAUGUAUUGAAGAGAUCGGAUACGCGAUGCGCACAGCAAUGGAGGAUGACGAUCGGGAAGGCGGCACAGGCGAGUGGGUAGGCUUGAUGGGCUUCAGUCAAGGGGCGAAGCUAUCCGCAAGCCUACUUCUCGAACAACAAGCGAGGGAAACACAGGCGCGCAAAGAAGGCACGAAGAUCGCUACCGGUAUCACAGGAAUCUCGGGCAUAAGGUGGAGGUUCGGAAUACUACUGGCUGGUCGGGCGCCUCUGAGCAAUUUGAACCCUGAGCUCAUGAAGAGUGAGGCUCUUGUGAGUGCGGGUGACAUAUCGGAAGGGUUUCAAUUCUGCAGAGAGGUGGACGAGGAGGCUACACUGCAUAAACCCACACUGCAUGUCCACGGCAUGGCGGAUCCAGGACUACACCUUCAUCGGAAAUUACUACACGAGUAUUGUGAAGACUGUACGGUGACAUUGGUGGAAUGGGAAGGUGCACAUCGGAUACCGCUCAAGAGCAUGGACGUUGAUCGGGUAGUUGACGCGAUAUAUGAUAUCGCUGAGAUGACGGGGGUGAAGGUCUUGAGGACGGUUUGA